UAUGGAAUGAGAACAAAAGCUUCACUUUUUGCUGUGUAAUUUAAAAUUCAUUUCAUAGAAUGAGAACAAAAGCUUUACUUUUUGCUGUGUAAUUUAAAAUUCAAUGAUUCCCCAUAUAUACGUACGGACAUAAACAAAAAAUCAUUCAACAAAAAGACUAGGACAGGGAACCCAAUUGAACAUUAUUUAUACAUCUUUUUGUUGCUUCUUUCCUCUACGAGGAAACUGAGUGCAAAUCUUAUGCCUAAUUUUUUUAUAUUUAAUAAAUUAUCUUCUUUUUUUUUCUGGUCCCAAAGGACAAUUUUAUUUUAUUUAUUAAACUAUGCACUAUUUUUUUGAUUAUUUCAAAUUCAAAAUUUUCUUUUAAAUAUUCAUCAAUUACCAAAACUGUUUGUCUUUUAAAUAUUUUAAAAUGUUUCUAAUUACAAAGAUUGGGCUUGGUUGUGUUCUUCUUCGGUCAAAUCUAUCAUAGCUUAUCAAACGAUAUCCAAUCUUAAUCCAGCCCACUUGAAAUCCACAGAUUUUUAAUGACCGCUUCACGCUCUCAGUGGGCGCGUCCCUUCCGAAACCCAGACAGCCGCCGAAUCUCAACGUUUCUUCCGUAUUUCUUUUCUUCGGGACUCUCUCCAUCCCCAAAACGACACAGCUCUGUCCCCGUUUUAUCUCGCCCCCGGUUCCUGUCCUCUUCUCGGCUUCGCGGUGCUGCUGCUUCCAGCUUCUACUCGCCUCUCAAGUUACACUUAAAACGAUCAGAAAUUGUACGGAAGCGAUGGAAACGAUCUCGACGCGACGUCCUUCAAAUUAAUGCCACCGAUGAUGACUCGGUGGGAAUUUCUUCGUUCGAUGACUGGGUGGUUGACGAUUCCGUGGCAGCGUAUAUGUUUUCUUCAUCAAGUGAUGGGGAAGACAGCGAUGGGGAAAUUGUAUUAAGCCCUUUGAGUGAGGUGGAUUUGCCUUCUGUCAAAGUCUCGACUGAUGAUGCCAUAACCAUGACUACCCAUCGGCUUGCUUUGAUUGGAAGAGGCCAACGAAGACACAGGAUAUAUCUUGGGCUGUUAAUCAACUUGGCUCUUGUAAUCUUCCUGACAAUGGUUCUUUUACUUGUGGAUUGGUGCGGAUGGAAAAUUGUCAGGCUACCCUUGGCGCCAUUCUAUUUGACCUCCCCAUUUUUCAUAUCUUUGAUUUUAGCGGCAUGUGCAGGUUAUGUUUGUGUCCCGUUGCUUAAAGGUCUUAAGUUCCUCCAAAUAAUUAGGAAAGAAGGACCUGCUAGACAUUCCAGAAAGAAGAGAACCCCAACGAUGGGUGGACUGUUUUUUAUUCCAGCUGGUCUAUCUGUUGCAAAAUUCGUAACUGGUUUUUCUUCUAUUGAAGUUUCUGCCGCUGCAGCAGCAACCUUAGCAUUUGCUGCAAUUGGGCUACUUGAUGACGUCUUAAGUUUCAUCAAGCAACACAACAGUGGCUUAUCUCCGUGGUUAAGACUAUUUUUGGAGGCAACUGUAGGGAUUUGGUUUUCAUUUUGGUUGGACGCUGCAAGUUUAUCCUCACCCUAUGGCAUGAAAAUGUUGGUUCCUCUACCUGCACCAAUGGGCAUCAUUUACUUGGGAAAAUUUUACCUAUUGUUGACUUCAUUUUGUUUUGUUUCCAUGGGAAAUGGGGUUAACUUAACAGAUGGUCUUGAUGGUCUGGCUGGAGGAACUGCUGCAUUAGCUUUCAUUGGAAUGUCAAUUGCAGUGCUUCCAAUAUGCCCUGAACUUGCUAUAUUUGGAGCAUCAAUGGCGGGGGCCUGUGUUGGUUUUCUUUUGCACAACCGGUAUAAGGCAUCUGUAUUUAUGGGUGAUACUGGAUCCUUGGCCCUUGGUGGUGCAUUAGCUGCAAUGGCUGCUUGUACCGGAAUGUUCUUUCCCUUAUUCAUUUCAUCGGGUUUCUUUGUUUUGGAGGCAUCAUCGGUUAUUAUGCAGGUGUUAUACUUCAAAACAACAAAGCACUUGCGAGGAAGUGGGCGCCGUCUGUUUAGAAUGGCACCUUUCCAUCAUCAUCUGGAAUUAUUGGGGCUCAAAGAACCAAUGAUUGUUGCCGUUGCAUACAUUGUAUCCUGUGUGUUGGCCUUAUUAGCUGGCUAUAUAGGACUUAUAUCGGCAUAACAUCUGCAAUCAUUUUUACUCAAGCCCCAGUUUGUUUCCUUAGUUAAAGUCAUAAAAUAUUCAUUUCCUUUUCUUUCUGAAUCUUUUAUUCAAUUUUUUUCACCCUUCACACAUUUAUCCUUUACAAAAUUGGAAGAGUAAAUGUACCCACAUACAACUUUUGUAUGCGUUUUUUGACUGGUAGAACUGAUUGUAACAUGAGCCUAUAAGACAAAACACAGCAGUUUAUUUACCUUGGAUGAAUGAGAGUUAUACUUUCAG